AUGGCACGCCCUGAUCUCACGUCGCAUCACGUCAACUACUUAAUAUGGAGGUAUCUUCAAGAGUCGGGUCAUGGCGAAGCGGCUGUGACCCUGCAGCGCGCAUGGAAUCGUGAUCCGCAAAGUUUGCCUUUUGCUCCUUACAUUAGAACUCAUGCGCUGGUGUCGCUGGUCCAGAAGGGGCUACAGUAUUACGAAUUAGAGCAGUCUCUGGAUAAGGAAGGGAAUCCCGUUCCAAUCUCAGCAUCAAAUUAUUUUUUCGGCCCAGCACCGCUGGAGCCGGAGAUCCCUAAAAACCCAGGUGGCCCGGGAAACGCAGUUGUUGGCGGCACGGACCAGGCGCCUGUCUCGCCUACAACAAGCAAAGUCCCUCGAGACAGCGCCGUGAUCAACGGUCAUCUGACUGCCGAGACUGCCGCGCCCGCAGUCGCCCCUGUUAAGAAAUCCCGCAAGAGCGAUCGUGGGGAAACCAAUGGCGAUGAAAUGCCCAUGGAUGUUGACUCGAAUGGGGUUACCCACGAGAAUAAUAAUACUAAAUCGCAGGUUGCUGACGAGUCGCCGGCCGUGGCCGACCCGGUGGUGGAUGGCGACGGCGACGUGAACAUGGGCAGCCGACCGGAGUCGCAAGACCAGGAACCAGCCGCGCCAACCUUGACGUUGACCACCGGACACAGCGUUGGCGUCCAGAUCACCCCCGCCAAGGCCGCCGACCUUAGCCCCGACACCGCCGUUCUGGAUGUGGCUGGUGAGGACCACGUGACCCGGGCGCUGUGGCGCCCCGGCGAUCCGACCGUCGUCGUUGCCGCCGGUGACUCGUUCUGUAGCCUAUGGAAGAUGUCCUCGACCGCCGCACCGGUUCAGGAGAAACUGGUCGAGAGCAAAGGUGACAACACCUGCGUUUCGGCGGUCGCCUGGGACCCCAUGGGCCAGAAAUUGGCCGUGGCCACCUACAACGAUAUGAGAGGGUCCAUCACCAUGUACGAUGUGGCCGGGAACGCCGUUGAUCUCUUACCCGAAGUCCCUCGCAUGAUUACUGGGCUUCACUGGGCGGAAAGUGGCUCCCAUUUGAUCGUUGUGGCGUCCGACAGCAAAGUCUCCGAGCUGGCUCUCUGGGAUGAUUCGCUGCGACCGGAUGAGUUCCCUUCUCCGCAGGUAAUCGAGGGAUCGGUGUAUGACCUCAGCUGGUUGGGCCGUACCCAGGCCUAUGCGUGCGGGAAUGGAGUCGUUUACCAGUGUGACGUUGACUCUAGCAUAAGAAUUGCCAAGACAUACUCGUCUGGCGGCCCCAACCGACCCUGGACCUUCGUUAGUUGCACAACCGCCGGCUCCUCAUCCGUGGCCGUGGCCGCUUCAUCCUCCGACGCAGCAUUCUGGAUUCCAACACACGACCUGCACCUCGACCAGGCACAUGAUGGCGACAUCACGUCGAUCGAGCUUAAACCCAACGCGUCCGACCCGUCACAACAAAACCAGCCGUUGGUCCUUGCAUCGUCCUCCACGGACGACACCGUCAAAAUAUGGCAUAUUGAUUUGGAGUCAAAACAAUUUGAGUGUGUCCAUCGGCUGUUCUUAGGCGCCAGCUCCCCCGCUCUUGCCGGCGGUUUCUCCCCUGAUGGAUACGCUCUAGCCGCUGCCAGCAAAGAUCAACUGUUUAUCUGGAACGCUCAGCGUGGUGGUACUGCUUUAGCAACGUGGACGGUUCCAGGCUCCCAGGAAACUAAGAAGGAAGAUGACCAUAGUCCAAUUACAAAUGGUCACAAUGGAAAUGCAGAGUCGGUUCCUGAUCGUUCCCUUGCGUGGGACACGGAUAGUAAACGGCUCGCGUUUGGUUUUGGCAAACAGAUGGCAAUCAUCAAUCUCCAGCGCUGA